AUGAUGGAAGAAGUGCCUAUCUCCGUGGCCUACGACGCCCAUGUCAUCAACCAGCUGCCGGAGGAGGACUUGCUCUCCUACCUGGUGGCCAACUCCAAGCUCACGGCAACGUACUAUUCCGCAGCGACUCACACGCAACCUUUCCCGCAGACGGCCUUUAGGAAAACGAAGAACUCUGGAAAGGGUCUUUUGUCAAAAAGGCGCAGCCAGGUGGAGAAAGAGGAUCUGCUCGACAGGUACAAGGUGGAGAACCGGCGUCUGCAUGAGGCCAGCAUCCGCCUGGAGCAGGAGAAUGAUGAUCUGGCCCAAAAAGUGGUCACCGGUAAAAUCACGCUCAGGAGCAGCCUGGACCAAGCGGAAGAUGAGGUGGACACGUUGAGCAGGGAGCUCCAGCGCACCAAAGAACAUCUGGUGCAGGUAGAAGAUGAGAAGAGGAAGCAGCAGGAAGAGACCACACAGCUGAAGCACAUAUUCAGAAGAGAGCUGGAAAAAGCUGAAUCGGAGCUGAAGAAGACGAACGCCAUCAUCGAUGAGUACAAGCAGGUAGAGCGCAGUCAUCAGCGGUCGCUCAACAGCAGUGUCCUGGCAGUCAAGUCCUGGGACAAGCCGGUCAGCGCCAAAUGUCCCGCAGAGAGUAACUUUUUACCGUACGGGGCACAACUUUACCUCCAGAUGGCUUGCAUUCUGGUUUUACCACGUCGUUAGUUUUAAAAGGUGUAUGUACUAGAAAGGAGGCAGUGAAAACCAAUUCUGCUUAAUUUAAACGGCGUGGCGGCACAGCGGGUUCGGCAGGGUCCCGCUCUCUGG